UGACAUCCGCAUUUGUUUUGACUUUUCACCCAAAACAACAUCUUUUAUCUUCAAAUCUUUUUGUGAAGAAAACAAUUAAAAAGAACUAAAAAAAAACUAUUUUAAUCACUUAUCUUAAGUCAUCCUUUAUCCUACUAACUUAACUUACGCCUUAUUUAACAUCUGUUGGUCACAGAAAAACCAAAAAAACCACAAACGCUAUGACAUCGAAUGAUAACAAAGAAGUCUUCCUUUUCCAACCACUUCAAUCUUUUGUUAGUCCAACAUUCUGGCAUAAGUUAUCUGAGAUAAAAAUCGAUUUUGAUCGAUUGUCGGAUGCUGCAAAGCCGGUCCAUGGAUUCUAUACAAAUUUCAAUUCAAAAUCAUGUCUCCUUGAAGUCGAUUAUAGUUCUUUUAAUACGUCAUUUAAUCCUCCAAAGAACCAUUAUACAGCAUUUGGAACACUUUACAACAAAAAUACUAUCGAAGACUUUAAGGAAUGUGAUAAAAAUGCACUCCUUCAAGUCGAAGGACAAAAAUUUCUCGAUGACAUUGCUACCGGAGCAAUCCUGGACGAUCCAAGGCUGUUGGCACGAUUUAUGAUUUUAUCUUUUGCUGAUUUAAAAACCCAUAACUACUAUUAUUGGUUUGCGUUUCCUUGUCCUCUGAAACCAACUCUUGAAGUCGAACGAAACUCUAAGCCAUGUCGACUUGCUGAUCAAACAGAACUAUCGCAUAUGAUUCAGAUAAUUGAAUCAAUUCCCGAUGAAAACCGAAGUUUUUUCAUUCUCAACAAAACCAUUAAGGAUCGCUACAUCGAGCUGAAAGAUCUCAUAGAUCCAAUCAAUCUCAAAGAUAAUUUAAAAGAUGAAAAUAUUGACGAUUUGUAUUUUUGCUUUGUUGAUCCAAGUGAAUAUGAAAGUCCAUCAUGGAUGAUGAGAACGUAUUCCACUUUUUUGCACCUUUCAUGUCCCUCACUUGCUGGAAAGUAUAUUAAAUUUAUCGGAGUUCGAUACAACUCUGAGAUGAAGUAUGGAAGUAGCCUUAUUUGGACAGUUCAACUUCCACAAAACGACGAGUAUAUGGAUGACUUAAAGUUCGUUGGUUGGGAACCAAAUAAAAACAACAAAAUGGGACCUCGAAUGGUUUCUAUGAGAGAGAGUAUGGAUCCAGCAAAAUUGGCUGAGAAUUCAAUAAAUUUAAAUUUGAAAUUAAUGAAAUGGAGACUUGUACCUGAUUUGAAUUUGGAGACAAUGGCUGAAACUAAAUGCCUGCUUUUUGGUGCUGGAACAUUAGGAUGUGCUGUUGCAAGAAACCUUUUGAGUUGGGGCUUUAAAUAUAUAACUUUAAUUGAUAAUGGAAAAGUUAGUUUUUCGAAUCCAGUUAGACAGAAUCUCUAUACUCAUCAAGAUGCUGUUCAAGGGAAUAAUAUGAAGGCGACAAUAGCAGCAGAGAGGCUAAAAGAAAUCAAUCCAAAUGCGAUUACCAAAGGUUAUGUUAUGCAAAUACCAAUGCCUGGUCAUACAAUUGGUGAUUCAAUGAAACAAGGUGCCAUAGAAGAUUUGGAAAAAAUUAUUUCUCUAGUUCAAGAACAUGAUGUAAUAUUUUUAUUAACUGAUUCGAGGGAAAGCCGAUGGUUGCCUACUAUGCUUGGUGUCGCUAACAAAAAAAUUGUAUUAAAUGCAGCACUUGGAUUUGAUAGUUAUCUUGUGAUGAGGCAUGGUAAUUUAAAAGAAGUUAAAGAUAAUUCAAAGUAUGUGGAUAUUGGGGAUUUGAGAUGUAUUUCUGGAUCGGAGCUUGGAUGUUAUUUUUGUAAUGAUAUAACUGCACCGGGAAAUUCCUUAAAAGAUCGAACGCUUGAUCAACAAUGCACAGUAACUCGUCCUGGUGUUUCAAAUAUAGCUGCUAGCUAUGCCGUGGAACUCCUUGUUUCAAUUCUCCAACAUCCCGACAAAGAUUCAGCACCAGCUUAUUUCUGUGCGAAUGCAAUGUCAACGGAAAAAGUACCUGAAGGACUUUUAGGCAUAAUUCCACAUUCUAUACGCGGAAUGCUAUUUAAUUACGAAAAUAUUCUUCCAGCUACAAAAAAAUUCCCUCAAUGUAUUGCGUGUUCAGAAAAAAUCGUAAAUGAAUUCCAAGCCAACGGCAUUGAGUUCCUCUUGAAAGCCUUUGAAACGACCAAGUAUCUCGAAGAUUUAACCGGAAUCUCCGAACUCAUGAAUAUCGAUGCCAAUAUUAUCGAAUGUGAUGACUCCGACUUUGAAUUGUCUGAUGAUGAAUAGAGCCCAAGAAUCGAGAACUUUGCAUUUACACAAAAUCAUUACAAAUCUAUAUUAUAUCCAUUUUUAUUUUGUUGUUGUUUCUGUAUUUUUAAGAAUAAUGUUCAGCUAAAGUUAUACACAUUAUAUUAUACUCGUACCUAUGCAUAA